GAUCUAGUGAGCCCGUGCACGAGAAUGGGAAGGGAAAGAUCGGAACGUUUUCGUAUAAAUGCUGGCGGUGCUCCUCUUCGAGAUGCAGAUUCUAUCUUACCAAUUAGAGUUUACGGAGCUACAACGCUAUGAAGUUUUUAAUCAUUAGCUUUGCCAUUCUUGGCUGCGCAUUCGCUCAAUUCAGCGGUAAUUAUCGGCCUUAUCAAAGACCUGGUGCUCCGAGACCGAUUCCCCAACCACAAUUUCAGCCUCAGUUUCAACCUCAGCAGCCUCAAUAUCAACCACAAGGACAAUUUAGUCCAAGUGGGCCGACAAUUCCAAUUCGUAGUCAAACUCAAGACUCAUCACCUGAUGGCUCAUAUCAAUUCAGUUAUGAAACUGACAACGGAAUUUCAGUGUCUGAAAGUGGAAGUCCCAAAGGAGCACCAACUCCCGAAGGACAAGCUGAAAUCGUUCAAGGACGGUACUCUUACGUAGCCCCUGACGGCACGCCAAUAACCGUUGAGUAUUACGCAGAUGAAACUGGAUUUCACGCAACAGGUAAUCAUAUUCCGACUCCACCCCCGAUCCCAGAAGCGAUUCAACGCGCAAUUGCUUCACUUCCACCCAGCAAUGAAGGCCAGUACCAAGAGGAGCAGUACAAUAACCGCCUGUUUAAUCAGAACAUAGGUGGACCAUUCCGUAAAUUCUAAUAAUCAACAUCCUGUAAUAAUUAAUUAUCUUACUCAAUCUUAAACACACUUAAAGCACGAUCAUCAGUAUAUAUAUCAUGUGAAUAAUAUACUUUUUAUCAAAUUAUGUUUUAAAUUUUGUUACCCAUUAACCUGUGAUUAAUUCUAUCAUAAAUAUGUAACGUAUAUAUAUUGUAUUUUUUGUAUUGUUGUUCUAAUUGAGACAAAGGAUUAUAAUGCAAAUAAAUAAUAUUGCAAUAAAAAUAA